UCUGUUCAUGAAGCAGAAAUUCUGCCAAGAACCCAACCCACCCAGCAGCUCGGCACUGCAGGUUCAACGUAAGCUCCUGCUGAAGAUGCAAACUUGCUCCUUGCCUAUGCUGAAGGCCUUGGCCAGUGCAAUAAUAUUUGCAGUCAUUCUCUGGAACCUGAAUUUUUUUGGCUACCAAUCUGAGGUCCCUGGCCCAGGCCUGAGGCACAGUGAACCCCUGACAGUCCUGAUCUGGCAGUGGCCCUUCCGCCACACCCCGAACCUCAGCACUGACGUUUGCGCAGACCGCUACAAGAUCAAGGGCUGCCAGCUGACGGGGGACCGCAGGUUCUUUAACCAGGCAGAUGUUGUGGUGUUCCAUCACUGGGAGCUGUGGCAGGGCAAGGUAAGACUCCCAACAGAAAGGAGGCCUGGACAAAACUGGGUGUGGGUUACCCUGGAAUCCCCCACCAACACUAAGGCACUGAGUGGCUGGAACCGAACCUUCAACUGGGUCAUGACAUACAGACAAGACUCAGACAUCUUCAUGCCAUAUGGGGAGCUUGUGCACCAUCCAUCAGCCAGUGUGGACAUUCCAACCAAAACCGGCUUGGUGUCCUGGGUCAUCAGUAACUACCACCGGACUCAGAAGAGAGCGCAGGUCUACAGAGAGCUGUCCAGGCACCUCCAAGUGAACGUGUAUGGGAAAUCAAACAAGAAGCCACUGUGCCCAGACUGCCUCUUGCCGACCACUUCCAAGUACAAGUUUUACCUGGCCUUCGAGAACUCCAUCCACCAGGACUACAUCACCGAGAAGCUGUGGAGGAAUGCGCUGCUGGCUGGCACCGUGCCGGUGGUGCUGGGGCCCCCCCGAGCCAACUACGAGAAGUUCAUCCCUGCAGAUUCAUUCAUCCACAUUGAGGACUUCGGCUCCAUGAAGGAGCUGGCCAGCUUCUUGAAGACCAUGAACUCCAGCCGCUACAGGGCAUUCUUCGAGUGGAGGAAGAGGUAUGGGGUGAAGCUCUACACAGACUGGCAAGAACGGUUCUGCACCAUCUGCGCCAGAUACCCCCGCCUGGCCCAGGGGCAAAUCUACCCUGACCUGGAGAGCUGGUUCAGUGUUUGAGAAGAUGAGGCUGGGCAAUGCUGAAGCUUUUCAGAGAUGUGUGACUUGUACAGAGAAGCCAGGCUGUCUGCGUUAGUGGAAAAGGACGUCUGCGUGGGCUGGCUCAUUUUGAGUCAAGUGGCUGGUGGGGUGACUGAGGGCACCGAGCAGAACCUGGGUCUGGGAGCCAGGUGCUCUGAGUCCCAGCUCUGACACAGACUUGUACUGGGACUCGGCUUCCCCGUCUAUAAAAGGCUCGUACGCUUACCUACCUCACAGGGGUGUUGUGAGGACUAACCGGUGCUACGUGAGGAGCGUUGAGUCUGCAGCUCAGCAGGUGGGCGGGUUCUGCACUGGCUAGGACAGGACAGUGAGCCUUUGCCAGGCUGGGAAGUUUGGUAUUUCCUAGACAGGGGCUGGCAAAUCCUAAGAAAUGGC